UAUACUAAAUUUUGAUAAUAAUUCUGUGGUCAGAGGGUAAAACUGCUAAGUCAGUUUUUUGAGAAAAUGGGAUUAUGUCAUGGUUAUAUACCAAUUUUUUUUUUUUUCAAAGGGUUAAAGUUCCUAAGUCGUUUAUUUACAAACACAUGAUUUAUUUAACUUGAACAUAACAUAUUAACUCCUAUUGGUUUUGAGUAAAAUGUCAUAAAAAUACUUAAGAACAAAAAUACACAGGAAAAAUAUGCGUGUAAAUACUCCUAAGUAUUCUUAUAAUGCAUUUCGCACUAAAAAGUACGUUUUAUGUGGGGAAAUAACAACCUAUUUUGACUUAAGCAGUUUUACUCCAGAUAAACACAUGGAUAUUUGAGCCUUUGUCGAUUUAAGCAGUUAUAGCCAUUUAUAAAGUGCACCGCGUGUAAGUGCGUAUGCAGAAUUAAGCUGUUUUGAGAGAUAAAAAAACGCGAUUUUAGUUGAGCAGAGUGAAACGUUGUGUUUCAAGCAAUUUGUUUAUUGGCUGUUUAUACGUAUUGUUAGCUUUUUUUGUGUUAAUUAUGUGUACGAGAGGCAAGAAAAUAGUUGCCAUGACUUUAAACGUCGAGAAGAGAGACAAGGAUCACGGAAAAGGUAAGGAAUAAUAUUAAGAUAAUAAUUACCGUAAAAUUUUUAGGUUAAGUUUGCAUAGUUUUAUUUUUUUAUUGAAACAUUUUUACUGUAGUUGGCGCAAUUUAAAUUAAAGAUUCGUGAAAAUAUUUUUAUUUUAAAUGCGGAUUAGGUCGUGUUCUAAUAUUUAAACAAAAACAAUGUUUCUAUUGUUUUUUCUAUAACUGCGGUUUAUCUGACUGAAUUUACUUUACAUGAAAAUAUCUUACACACAUUAAAAAACAAGAAACUGCAAUAAAAUUGUAUUAUUUUAAAUAGAUAUGACUAUGCUUGAAGCUGCAGAGACCACAAUACCUAAGGUAAUAGCUGUUGAAAAGUUGUUUGACAUUCCAAAUGGAUCAGGCAACGAUUAUAUUGAAUUUGAGUCUUUAAGAAGCGAUGAACCAGUAACAGAAGAGACUGUUUUAGAAGAAAUUACCCUUGAUAUGCCAAUUAUCAUUACUGAAGUAAAAACUAUGAACAAAAAUAAAUCUGAUCUGACUUAUGGGGUAUCAGAAUUUCAAGAUUAUUAUGAAAACAGAAUCUUUGUUGAACAGCCUGAAGCAGAAAGAGUCGCAACAGUAGACAACAAUAUACAUAUUGAAAGUCUGCCAAUUACUAUUAUUGAUGCAACAAUGGUGACCAGUAACAAAACUGACCUUCCCUAUGGGGCCACAGAUUUUCAAAAUACAUAUGAAAGUUGUGAAUUGGUUAUACAGCCCGAGACCGAACCAAUAUCAUCAAGAGAACAGAACGAUCCGCAACUUCAUUUAAAUCUACUCCACCGUAAUUCUCAAAUGACUCCAGUCUGUCGAUUUCUUGAUCAUUCUGACGCUGAAGAAGACCCUUUUAUCGGUGAUGAUCAACUCAAUGAUCCUGAUUUUAUACCUCCAAUAGAAACGGAUUCAGAUCGCGAUUCAGAAGAGCAUAUCAUACCUCCGAAAAAAACUAAAAUAAAUAAUCAGAACUCCGCAGGCGAUAAUCAUCCGCAGCCUUUUGCUGUAUUAAGUAAACGAUGCCGAAAGAUUAGAAAAGAGAGAAAGGAUAAAAGAAACUCAGGUCAGUCGUACGUAACUGAAACUGGGAAAAUGAUAUCUGAGAAAAGAUUCCGGAUUGUCGGCGAAAGUGUAAGAAUCGGUUUGAUUACAAUUUAAGAAAAGGAUUGUUUGACUCAUUUUGGUCAAUGAAUAGUAGAAACAGAAGAUCUGAUUAUCUCAGCGGCUUGAUAACAUCUGGCCCUAAAGCAACUCAGAGAUUGCGACAUCAGAACGGACCUCUAAGAAAUCGUACUCUAAGUAACGUGUAUAAUUUAAAAGUCAACGGCGAUUUGCAACCCAUUUGCAAAACUUGUUUUCAAAAGACAUUUGAUGUCACCGACGGAUUUAUAAAGUAUAUGUUAGCUUCAAGAUCAGUACAUUUACUGAUCUUGAAGCUAACAUUAUAUCUUGAAGCUAACAUUAUAUCUGCUAUUCCUGCAUCAUUAUGCAGGAAUAGCAGAAAUGGACCGAAGGGGUAUUAAUCCGCCAAUUUCAAAAACAACAGAUGAACGAAGAAGUCUAGUCAUUGAUCAUAUAAAUUCUUUUAAAUCAAUAUCUGGCAGCAAAUUUAAAUGUUCGUUUGAUGUAUUCUUUAUACAAAGAGCAAACUACUACUCCUGUAUCGUAUGAUAUCUACAGACAGAUUUUUAACGAUAUGAAUUUGUCUUUUAAGUUGCCACACAAUGAUACGUGCAAUACAUGUGACACUUAUUGUUUAAAACUAAAAAUAGCUACCAGUAAUGAAGAUCGGGAGGUCAUUCAAACUGAAUGGAAUAAACAUAAGGAUAUAGCUGAUAAGCAUUAUCUAGCUAAAUCCCAAGACAAAGGGGAAGCGAAAAUAAACAAAUCCACAAAGAUGAUAUCGUUUGAUCUUCAGCAAGUUCUAGCAACUCCCCACAUUCAAACAAGUAUUAUGUUCUACAAACGUCAGUUAUCCGUUUAUAAUUUGACAAUUUACGAAGGGACAGAAAGUAUUGCACACAAUUUUUUGUGAGACGAAACCAUAGCUGGCCGAGGGGCAAAUCAGAUAGGUUCCUGUUUAUAUAAAUAUUUUAUGGCUUUGCCUGAACAUAUUUCCCAUGUUGUCAUGUAUUCAGAUACAUGUACAGGGCAAAACCGAAAUUCGCACAUAGCUGCUAUGUGUUUCUCAGUUCUGCAGCAGCACCCCUUUCUUAAAGUAAUUGACCAUAAAUUUAUGCUAAGUGGACACUCCCAUAUGGAAUGUGACACCGCACAUGCUAUGAUUGAAAAGAAAAAAAAAGGACGGAUAUGAGAAUUCACCAUCCACGUGAUUGGGCUCAGCUAAUCCGUUCUGUCGGGAAGAAGGGAACAUUUUUAGUCACUGAGAUGCUGCAAGCAGAUUUUUAUGAUUUUAAGGCCCUUUACAAUCAAAAGCUUCAAGUUAAAACCCGAAAUUCUGAAAACGAAAAGUUUAUAUGGCACGAUGUUCAGUGGUUGAGAUUGACAAAAGAUCAGAUUGGCGUAAUGCAAUAUAAAACCUCUGUUGACAUAGAUGAACCUUUUAAAAGUAUUUCUUAUCUACGAAGGCGGCAAAAUAACCCGGAUUUAGUACCUCAACCCCAAUACACAGCAUUUUUACCAAUAUCUGAAGAGAAAAAGAAAAAUUUGUUAAGUGUCUUACAUUUGAUAGAUCCUGUAUUUCAUGAUUAUUACAAAAACCCACCCACCUCUUCAGCACAAAAAAAUGGGUCUGAUGGUUCUGAAGAAGAUGAGUAGUGUAUUGGUCAAUUUUCAUAUAUUUCAUCUUAAUAUUGCGUCGCAGAAUAUAUUAUUAGGAGGUUUUAGGAUGUUAGGAGAACUCUUUACGAUAUUUUGAUAUGUUUAAAAAAAAAAAACUUUAAAUAAAGUUUAAAAGUUGAUAUAAGUCUUUUAAUUUAGUUUAUGAGCAAAAGUGCUUAAGUUUAAAAAAUACUCCGGACAUUAGCGCUUAAGUCAGUCAAAAACCACUUUUAA